UCAUUGGAUUUACUUAACCAAAUCCCCCAAGGGAAGAGUUGAGGGAUUUCCUUAUGCGUCUGUGUUUGAGUAGUAAUUUAUAGGUCUUCAUUCGACUGAUUGCAUCUCAGCGGCGCCAGGAAUUGAAGUAGGCCGAAUCCAAUUAUAGCAGCCAUGACCGACUAUGCACAGGAGCAGGAGAUGGAAAUUGAAGCAUUGGAAGCUAUACUUAUGGAUGAGUUCAAAGAAAUUCACUCAAGUGAGAGUGGCUUAAACACUUCUGGUCGAUGCUUUCACAUAACACUGUCUCCACAGGAUGAUGACAUGGAUGAAUCGACAACGAUGCCAGUUCAGCUGGGUUUGAUUUUCUCGCAUACAGAGAAAUAUCCUGAUGAACCUCCACUUUUGAAUGUGACAAGUAUAAGAGGAAUCCCUGGAGAAGAUUUGAAGAUUUUGAGGGAGAAGCUUCAGCAGGAGGCAUCUGAAAAUCUCGGUAUGGCUAUGAUCUACACACUUGUCACAUCAUCUAAAGAGUGGCUAUCCGAGCGGUUUGGUCAAGAAAGUAGUCUUGAGAUUGCCGAGGCAGAAGAGAGGGCAAAAGAAGAUGUAAUUGUACCACAUGGAGAACCUGUCACCCUCGACACGUUUUUAGCUUGGAGAGAAAGAUUUGAAGCAGAAAUGGCACUGGAACGAGCCAAGAUAAUGCCCGAAUCGGCUCUUACCGCUCCGAAGGAAAAGAAACUUUCUGGUAGACAGUGGUUUGAGAGCGGAAGAGCUUCUGCGAAAGGUGCAGCCCCAGUUACAGAAGGGUCGGACGUGGAAGACGAGGAAGAACUGGACUUUGAUGAGGAUGAUUUUGAAGAUGAUGAGGAAGACAUGCUUGAGCACUAUCUAGCUGAGAAGUAAGAUUCUCUCAUCCAGAAGGCCGUAGUUAAAAAGCAUUUCAUUUGCUUCAUUACUAGAAUGGUAUCAAAUUUUGGCUUAGUUUUGAUCAAAUGACAGCACUUGUGUGAUCUUACAAGUCUCCAUUUUCUUGUUUUGGUUAAAAAGGAAGGUUGUGGUGGCGAAGUAAGCCAUUUUGUUCUUAUAUUCUGUUAUAUGAGCAUAUAUUAUCGACUAUCGCAUCAUAGUUCAACUGGUUAAGAUAUUAAAAUG